AGCUAUUGUCUCGCAAUAAGUGUAUCAUUUAAUUUUUAAUUAUGACUUCUUCAAUAACGAAGGCAGUUGGUAUAGUUAAAGAUGUUUCUCCACUCUAUUAUAGAAUCUUAUCAAAGUUUCCACAAAAUUUUACGUUCUGCUUCGCGUACGGAUCUGCUGUCAAACCUCAAAUUGGAAAUCAGAAAAAACACAAUAUGAUUGAUCUAAUAUAUUGCGUUGAGAAUUCGUACCGAUGGCAUGGAGCUAACAUUGAAAUGAAUCCAUCCCAUUAUUCAGCUCUUCGAUUUCUAGGCAAAGGUUUUAUUGCAAGAUUUCAGGAAAACUGGGGAGCAAAAGUUUACUUUAAUACAUUGGUGGAAAUGAAGGAAGAAGAUGUGACUAUUAAGUAUGGUGUAGUGUCACAAAAAGAUCUCAUUGCAGAUUUACUAGACUGGAAUGAUCUCUACUUAGCAGGUCGCCUGCACAAGCCUGUGGAAAUUAUAAAACAAACAAACAGCUCACAGCUGCAGAAUGCUCUACAAUCAAAUUUGAGGUCCGCGGUGCACACUGCCUUACUCAUUUUACCUGAGACAUUCACAGAAUAUGAUUUCUAUUUUGCCAUUUCCAAUCUAAGUUAUGCAGGUGACUUCAGAAUGACAUUUGGUGAAAACAAAAACAAAGUGCGAAAUAUUGUUCAACCACAGUUAUUAAAUUUCCGUGAACUUUAUAGACCAAUAUUGCAACAGUUCCAUGUUUAUGUUGACUUUGCAACCAAUGACCUGCAGUGUCACCAAGAUAUCCACCCAGAGACUAAGCUGCACCAUCUGAUGCAGCUACCCAUGGUGCCUCAGCAAAGAAUUGUUAAGUUUUGGAAUCAUGGAGGACUUCAACAAGACAUGGAGGAUGUACUUAGAGCUGUUGCUUAUGACAUAGACUGUCCUGUUAUCUUAAGGCAAAUUCUAAAGGAUAUAGUUUGGCAAUCAAGUGUAAGGCAAUCUUUGAAAGGCAUACCAACUGCUGGAUUUCUGAAGUCAAUCCGUUACAGCGCUAAGAAAAUAGCUAAGAUGUUUUAAAUCACUUAUAUACCUUGUAGAAUGUGUAAAAUAAAAUUAA